GAUUCGGGGUAAAGGCGGAAGUGGUUUGAGGCUGGAGGAGAGAUGAGCAGGUUGGGUGCAGUGCAGCAGAAGAUCCCCUGCAUCUUCACUACCCAGGUGAAGAACGAGCCCUCCUCCAAGCGGGAGCAUCAGGCAUUCAAAGUUGUAGCCACAGAAACUCUUAGUGCUGCGGCCCAAGAUUCUGAUGUUUAUAGUGCAGUGCCCACUGAGAAGGUGGAUGGGACAUGCUGCUAUGUUACAAAACACAAAGGUAUUCCAUAUCUCUGGGCACGACUGGAUAGGAAACCAUCAAAACCAGCAGAAAAAAGAUUUAAAAAACACGUUCUUACAAAAGGAAUUUCAAAGGACUUCGAUUGGAAGGUUGAUGAGGACUUCAAAGAAGUUCCUGAGUUUUGGAUUCCAGCAAAAGAAGUAAAACUGUGUAAUGGGAAACCUUACCCAGAUGAGAAUGGACACAUUCCAGGUUGGGUGCCUGUUGAAAAUCAAAAGCAAUAUUGCUGGCAUUCAUGUGUAGUAAACUACAUAGCAGGGGUUGCCCUUGUGCUCAAACCUCACACAGAAGAAUCAGAGUCCUUGGAAAUAUCCACUGUGCCCCUAGCAGAUCUUCUGGAGCAAACACUGGAGCUUAUCGGAACAAAUAUUAAUGGCAAUCCAUACGGCAUUGGAAACAAGAAGAAUCCUAUGCAUUUCCUGGUUCCACAUGGAGCAUUUCAAAUCCGGAAUCUUCCAGCGCUAAAUCAUCACAGCCUGGUGUCUUGGUUUGAUUGUGCAGAGGGUAAAGUUGAAGGAAUAGUAUGGCACUGCAACAAUGGAUCUUUAAUAAAGCUUCAUCGCCAUCAUCUUGGAUUAUGCUGGCCUUUACCGGACACUUGGCUGAAUUCUAAACCUGUUUCCAUCCAUUUGGAUUUGUGUAAAUACGAAUGUGAAUCUGUAUCAAACUCUUUAUUUAGUCAUCUUUCAAAGAAAGACGCUCAGCAUUUUGACAGACUCCAAGAUGUAUCAUUGGAAUGAACAGACAAGAGAGGUUGACUUUCCACGUUCCAAUAUCAAGCUGUUAGCUGCACUUAAACUUUACUGAAACAGCCUGCUAAUGUGACUUUUUAUCUUCAUUUUCUAGUUGAAAUAACUUCAGAGGUAUAGACAGUCUGUAAUGCAUAAAUGUCAAUUUUCAGAUGAACAAAAAUGUCAACAUUAAAGCUCAAUCUUGGCAUCUGAAUGUGUAAA